AUGUACUCGAGACCUAAUGCUGCAUUCAAACCGCCGAGGCCAAUAAACAGGAAUGGUGCCAACUCAGGCCUGUCGCCGCUGCUGAAAGGCGAAUCGCCGCCGAAACCACGUCCAAAUAAUUUGAAACGAGCUCCAGCUGCAGACGCGUCUCGUGCACGAGACGAUUAUUCCAAGAAAUUGUGCACGUCAAACUCAACAACUGCAAGAGCUGGCAGCCAUCCUGCGGAUGGCAAAUAUAUCGUUCAAUGGAGAAGGAAAACAAAUAAAAAGAACAAGAGCUGGGACGGCGACGGACGGGCGUCGAUUAAAUUCAAUGACCCGAGCUGCGAAAUCCUUUUGAAAAACUCCGACGGCAAAGUGCUCUCGAGAAAGAAUUUCAACCAAGCGCCAGAUUUACUGGACGUGAUCCCGAUUGGAAUGUUUGAGAUAUUUCUCGAUGAAAAAAUAGUCGAUAAAGACCAUAGUCAACCAGAGCACCCAGAUUUCACCCAUGACUCUGGAGAAGAAUUUGAAGAAGAAACUCAAAAGGUUCCCACAACGAGCUUUAAAAAAGUUGUUCCAAAAGAUCAUGAGGACAUUCCGCAGAAAAGAAAACCAUUUUACAAACAGAAAGAGGGCGUGAUUAUAUUGCCGCCACCUCCAUCGGAACCGGAUCACGUGGAGGUCAGCGUUGAUCCGCUACUUUCAUCGAAACUAAGACCACAUCAAAUAGAAGGGGUCUCCUUCAUGUACGAAUGCGUGAUGGGCUUCCGCGAUUUCAAAGGGCACGGUUGCUUGCUAGCCGACGAGAUGGGGCUUGGAAAGACGUUGAUGACAAUCACCACAAUAUGGACCCUCCUCAAACAAAACCCUUUUCCAGAGCAAAAGAAGCCCGUCGUCAACAAAGUGUUGAUAGUUUGCCCCGUCACCUUGAUUGCAAACUGGAAACAGGAGUUUAAAAAAUGGCUAGGGCCCAAUAAGUUGAACAUCUUGACUUUGAACAACCCCAUGUGCGAUGACAAACGCGACAUUGUCAAUUUUGGGAAAUUGAAUGUGUACCAAGUGUUGAUUAUCAAUUACGAGAAAUUGCUAACGCACUCGGAAGAGUUGCUGACGGUGAAUUUUGACCUCUUGGUAUGCGACGAAGGCCAUAGGCUCAAAAACAGUGCAAACAAGGUCUUGAUGGCUUUGAAGAGCUUACUGGUGCCGAAAAAGAUUGUGCUUACGGGGACCCCGAUCCAAAACUAUCUAGAGGAAUUCCACACGCUAAUCUCGUUUAUCAAUCCAUCUGUUCUCCCCGACGUCAAGACUUUUCAAAAGAAAUUCAUCAACCCCAUAACUCAAGCGAGAGAUGUCAAUUGCUUCAAUGAAGAAAUUAAAAAAAGGGGAGAAGAGUUGUCAAAGCAAUUGAUACAGAUGACCCACAAGUUUAUCUUGCGGCGAACGCAAUCAAUUUUGGAAAAUUAUUUGACUUUAAAGACUGAUGUAUUGUUGUUUGUGCCACCGACACAGCUUCAACUAGACUUGUUCCAGCAGAUAAAAAAAUCGGAAAAAUUCCAUCAGCUUGAUUCAGGGCUGGUCUCACUAGCGUUGAUCAAUGUGUUUAAAAAGAUAUGCAACUCGCCCUCACUUUUGAGCUCCGAUGAAUUCUACCAUAAAAUCACCGAUAGCAGCCUCAAACUUUCCACAAGCUCCGGUAAGAUCAACGCAUUAAUCCCCUUGCUCUUGGAAAUGGUUGCUCAACGGGAGAAAAUCGUGUUGAUUUCAAACUACACCAAGACUUUGGAUAUGCUCGAAGUGGUGUUGAGGAAGCUUCAUUUGCUGCACACGAGGUUGGACGGGUCCACGCCCAAAAACACGAGAAACAAACUCGUUACCGAGUUCAACAAGAGCCAACACAUCAAUGUCUUUUUACUAUCGUCGAAAUCUGGCGGAAUGGGCAUAAAUCUAGUGGGCGCGUCGCGUCUAAUACUAUUUGACAAUGACUGGAACCCGUCCACUGACCUCCAGUCCAUGUCGCGUAUCCACCGGGACGGCCAAACAAAGCCAUGUUUCAUUUACAGGCUAUUCACCGCCGGAUGUAUCGACGAAAAGAUUUUCCAACGGCAGUUGAUGAAGAACAAAUUGUCGUCUAAAUUCUUGGACAAUGACCAAUCGUCCAAGACUGAUGUGUUUGAGCAAGAAGAUUUGAAAAACUUGUUCGACGUGGACUCACUGACCAAAUCAAAUACCCACGACUUGCUCGAGUGUUUGUGCGGCGGAGAUGGCUCGCUCUUGACCCAGAAAGAGACGGGCAUUGAAAACGAUGAUAAGAAUGACAAAGAUGAUAAAGAUGAUAAAGAUGAUGAUGAUGAUGAUGGUGAUGACGUACAAGUAAAAUCCACGCAGUCGUGGAUGUCUGCUGCUGCGUUGCAAAAGCAUAUCGAAGAAGUGGGAGAGAAUGAUAAAAAGGCAGUGAAGGAUGCAUUGAACGAUUACCACCACUAUGAUCCUGCAAUCGUCACUGAUCUUGACUUUGACCCGGUCUUGCAAAAAAUUGCACAGCACAAGUCGUUUGAGAUUAAAUUUCCCAUUUCUUUUAUUAUGAAGAAAAGCUCAGCUAAGGAAAUAUAG